UGUGGCCGAGGCCUAACAAAAUCUCAGACUAAUAAUAAACGCCCUGAGUAAUGAGUGGUGUGGGCCAAGGCAGGCAGGAGGCUGGAGCCAGUGGCACAGGAGCGUGAACUGGUGGUCAGGGUGACUAUGGCAUCCUGCCCCAAGGAGCAGUACUGGGACUCCUUGACAAAAUCCUGUGUCUCCUGUGUGUCCUGCAGCCAGAGGAGCCAGCGCAGCUGUACAGACUUCUGCAAGUUCCUCAGUUGCCGCAGAGAGCAAGGCAAGUACUACGACCAUCUCUUGGGGGUCUGUGUCAGCUGUGACUCUACCUGCACACAGCACCCUCAGCAGUGUGCACACUUCUGUGAGAAAAAGGCCCGAAGCCAGGUGAAGCUCCAGCCCGAGCUCAGGGGACCACAGGCGGAGGAGGUGGACGCCAGGCCAGGCAACUCAGGAAGGUACCAGGGAGCAGAGCAUGGAGUCUUGCAGGCAGCUUCAGCAUCCACAGGACUGAGGCUGAGCACCGACCAGCUGGCCCUCAUCUACUGCACACUGGGGCUCUGCCUCUGUGUCAUCUUAUGCUGUUUCUUGGUGGCCUUGGCCUGCUUCCUCCGGCGUAGAGAGGCACUUCCUAGCCAGUGUUCAGGGACGCAUGGGUCACAGGCCAAGACUCCCCAGCGCCCUGAGAUGGAAGCUCGCAGCGAGGUGGCCUUGCCACCCCAGCCUGUCGAGACGUGUAGCUUCUGCUUCCCAGAGCGCAGGUCGCCCACACAGGAGAGCUCUCGUACACUGGGGAUUCUCGGCUUUGCGGGCACCGCUGCCCCGCAGCCCUGUGGGCGCGCAUCAGUUGGCGGCCUGGGAGUUGGGCGUGUGCCCAUCGGGGACGCGGGUCCCGGAGCUUGACAGCCAGAGAAGGAGACAAUGAAGAGGAUGGAGUGCAAGAGGAGAGACCCUAUGAAACCACCACUGCUUUACCUUGUUUGACAAGUUGGCAUCUAACAAGCUCUUGUUCAAGAUAUGUCUCAUCAAGUACUGGGCCAGUCUACAUCAUUACAGUGCUCACCAUGAUCAACGCCCUACAAUAUGGUUGCUAUGAAGGCCCUGGCCACUGCUACAGGCCUAUGCUGGCUGUGGGCUGAGGAACAUACAAGCACAUGCUCAGCUUGUCUAGGAAACAAACUUAUUUCUAGACUUUAAGAUCUGUGGUUUUAAAAUUCUGCUUAUCCAAACCCUAGGGGCUGUGAAUGCAAGAUGUUUCUGGAACUGGAGGUGGGGGAGGAGAGGUGCCAAGAUACAGGGUGCUGAGAGCCCAGCCUCAGCAUCGUUUAAAGACAAUCUCGACAGUGCUCAGCUUAUCAGUGGAUCCCGUGUAAAUUUUCUUACUUUCUCUUUGUAAAGAAAGGGCUCUGUUGCCACUUUUAUCUGUUGUGUUGGGUCAGCCUGCAGAAUAUAACCUGAUUCCACAUGUAUUGCCCCUUAAAAACUCUUUAUUAGUAUAUGUUAAUUGAAUAAAACUGAUUUUGCUGCAGCUUUUACAAACCUGUACACAAUGUGCUUUGGUAGUUCCCCCUCCCCCCCACCAUAAUUCUCUCAUUUCCUUCCACUGGUCUCUUCUCAACCCAAUGUCUUUUAAAAAUAUCUAGACUCCAUAAAUGUGAGAAAACUUGGCAUUUGCUUUGCUUAAUCGUAUUUUCCUUAACACAACCAUUUUCUUGAAGAUAAAAUUUUAUUCUUCAUUCACA